UCUGCAGAAGUCUUUUCGGGAAUCUGCCUGGUCGUGGUUUGAGAGGAAAGGUUACCGACGUCAGAGAUUAUUAGGUACCUACCGUGGUGGUAACGGUGCUAGCUUGGCACGAGUUCGCAUCAACAUUUUUGGGACCCUCUGAGUUGUCCAGGGCUUUGUUGUCUAUUCGAAACUUGUCUCGAUUUUACACUUUUGGAUCUCUGUGAACGGAACUCUUCAGACCGACAUUUCUCCGUGAGAAAGAAGAUGUGCGGAUAUAUACGGAAGUAACUAGCUUCCAAUAGCUAGCUCAUUUCUCGAGAGUCUGGAUGCCCGAGCUAACAGGAGGCAUGGAGCUGGGCAGGCAACUGUGUGGUAAGAUGCGCCGGAGCAAGCGCGCCGACCCGGCCAUCACGGCUCUGCAGCGGGGGCUGGAGGUGCACUUCUACCUGCCCGACACGCACCAACUGGAGUACCUCAAGGACUCCUACGGGGCCGAGGACAUCUGCGUGGAGGCCGCCAAGAGAUGCCGAAUCUCGCCUCUGUGUCACAACCUGUUUGCCCUGUACGAGGAAGGUCGCGACCUCUGGUACCCGCCCAAUCACAUCUUCGACAUCACAGAGGAUACCUGCAUCAAGCUGCACUAUCGCAUGAGGUUCUACUUUGCCAACUGGCACGGCACUAGCGAGUCCGAGUCCCCGGUGUGGCGGCACACUCUGAGCAAGCUGAAGGGCAACCAGAAGGGCCUGGAGGGCACGCCGCUGCUGGAUGCUGCCUCACUUGACUACCUGUUUGCACAGGGCCAGUAUGACUUCCUGAAGGGGCUGGCUCCACUGCGCAGCCCGCAGAGCGAGAGUGAGCUGCACGAGAUGGAGAACGAGUGCCUGGGCAUGGCCGUGCUGGCCAUCACCCACUACGCCAAGAGCAGGGACCUGCCCCUGCCCAGCGUCGCCUCCGACAUCAGUUACAAGCGCUUCAUCCCGGAGGAGCUGAACCGCACCAUCAAGCAGCGCAACCUGCUAACGCGCAUGCGCAUCAACAACGUCUUCAAGAACUUCCUGAACGAGUUCAACAGCAAGACCAUCCAGGACAGCAACAUAUCGCUGUACGACCUGAAGGUCAAGUACCUGUCUACGCUGGAGACGCUGACCAAGGGCCUGGGCUGCGAGACGCUGGAGCCCAAGAUGCUGCGCCUCUCGGGGGAGAACGAGAGCGCGCUGCUCUCCCCCUUGCCCGGGGACGACGGCCACGGCUACGAGGUGCAGGUGUCGGGCACUACGGGCAUCUCCUGGAGGAAGAAGCCGGUGGAGAUCGUAAACCAUAUGGUGAAGGACAAGUACAAGUCCAAGAAGACAAAAGACAAUGCCAAGAGGAACGAGAAGAAGAAGGAGGCAGGCGAAGGCUGGACCCUCUUCUCAGACUUCCACGAGAUCACGCACAUCGUCAUCAAGGAGUCCGUGGUCACCGUCUACAGACAGGACAACAGGAGAAUGGAGCUGCAGCUGGCGUUCCGUGCAGAGGCCUUGUCGUUCGUGGCGUUGAUUGACGGCUACUUCCGGCUGACGGUGGACGCGCAUCACUACCUGUGCACCGAGGUGGCCCCGCCCUCCGUGGUCCAGAACCUGCACAGCGGCUGCCACGGGCCCAUCUGCACGGAGUAUGCUAUCCACAAGCUGCGCCUGGAGGGCAACGAGGAGGGAGCGUACAUACUGCGUUGGAGCUGCACAGACUUCAACUACAUCAUCAUGACUGUCGUCUGCAUUGAGGUGGACUGCUUUGAGUCCAGGCAGACGGCCCAGUACAAGAACUUCCAGAUCGAGGUCAGUCCGCUGGGCUACAAGCUAUUUGGCACGGAGACGCUGCACUCCUCCCUCAACGAGCUCCUGGAACACCUGUCGGGCCAGAACCUCAGAACAGAACACCUGAGGUUCCAGCUCAGGAGGUGCUGCCCACCCCAGCCCAGAGAGGCGUCCAACCUGCUGGUGAUGACUAAAGAUCGGGAGCUGGUGCCCCAGAGGCCGGCGCAGGUCAGCCAGCUCAGCUUCCACCGGAUACUCAAGGAGGAGAUCGUACAGGAGGAGCACCUUGGCCUGGGUACCAAGACCCAGAUCUACGCGGGCCGCCUGAAGAUGAAGAGCGAGGAUGAUGAUGAGUCGAGCGGCUACCAGGGGCCCUCGGAGGUCAAGGUGGUGCUCAAGGUGCUGGGUUCCGGACACAGAGACAUCUCACUGGCCUUCUUUGAGACGGCGAGUAUGAUGCGGCAGGUGUCCCAUAAGCACAUCAUCCUGAUGUAUGGAGUUUGCGUACGCCAGCAAGAAAAUAUAAUGGUGCAGGAGUUUGUGCAGCUGGGUUCUCUGGACCAGUUUAUGCGUCGGCAGAGCAGCCCUCUCAGCACCGCCUGGAAGUUCCAGGUGGCCAAGCAGCUCGCCAGCGCUCUCAGCUACUUGGAGGAUAAGAAGUUGGUGCAUGGCUUUGUGUGCACCAAGAACAUCCUUCUGGCCCGCGACGGUCUGGAGAAGGAGGGCGGGCCAUUCAUCAAGCUGAGUGACCCCGGCAUCCCCAUCACCGUGCUCACCAGAGAAGAGUGUGUGGAGCGUAUCCCCUGGAUCGCUCCGGAGUGCGUUGACAACACGGGGAACCUGAGCGUGGCGGCUGACAAGUGGGGCUUCGGCACCACGCUGUGGGAGAUCUGCUACAACGGAGACGUGCCACUCCGAGAGAAGAGGCUCACCGAGAAGGAGCGCUUCUAUGCGGCUCAGUGCCAGCUGGCCACUCCGGACUGCAGGGAGCUGGCAGAGCUGAUGACCCACUGCAUGACCUAUGACCCCCGCAAGAGGCCCUUCUUCAGGGCCAUCGUCAGGGACAUCGACAUGCUGGAGGAACAGAACCCAUCUCUCACCUCUCUGCCAGACCCCUCCACUCUGGAGGUGGACCCCACCAUGUUUGAGAAGAGAUACCUGAAGAAGAUCAGAGAGCUUGGGGAGGGUCACUUUGGCAAGGUGGAGCUGUGUCGCUAUGACCCACGUGGGGACCGCACAGGGGAGCUGGUGGCCGUCAAGUCCCUGAAGCCGGAAAACAGCGAGGAGCAGAGCAGCAACCUGUGGUGCGAAAUAGGCAUCCUCAAGGAGCUCUACCACCACAACAUCGUCAAGUACAAGGGCAUCUGCCAGGAGGAGGGAGGCCGGUCGAUUAAGCUGAUCAUGGAGUAUCUGCCCAUGGGCAGUCUGAAGGAUUACCUGCCCCGACACAAGGCCAACACCAGCCUCAAGACACUGCUCAACUACGCUGUGCAGAUCUGCCAGGGCAUGGACUACCUGGGCUCUCGGAACUACAUCCACCGUGACCUGGCAGCCCGCAACGUGCUGGUGGAGAAUGAGAACAUGGUGAAGAUCGGCGACUUCGGCCUGACCAAGAGCAUCAAGGACAAUGAGGGCUACUAUACCGUCAAGGACGACCUGGACAGCCCUGUCUUCUGGUAUGCCCCUGAGUGUCUGGUGCACUGCAAGUUCUACCGGGCGUCUGACGUCUGGUCGUUUGGAGUCACCAUGUACGAGCUGCUCACCUACUGCGACCCCUCACGCAGCCCUAUGACCGAGUUCUUGAAGAUGAUUGGUCCAACACAAGGUCAGAUGACUGUCACCAGAUUGGUCAACGUGCUCGAGGAAGGGAGGAGACUGCCCCAGCCUGAUGCUUGCCCUGAUAUGGUGUAUGCCCAGAUGAGGAAGUGCUGGGAGAGCACCCCAGACAAGCGUAUCGACUUCAAGGGCCUGCUGAGCGUCUUCCAGCAGAUGCUAGACAGCAACGCCUACCCGUGAAGACUCCGUCCACCCCCUCCCAUCCUUCCUGCCUUACUUAUUGUCCUGUCCCUACAGCUGCCAUAGGACGCCUGCCCGCCCCGCCCGCACGCCCACCCGUCACACUCUCAAGCUUAGGACACACCGGACUUCAGAUCACACGCAUUUAAAUACCGCACUUGACCGAACUCUUAACAGUAUACAGGCUUGAUGUAGCAGAAGCUUUUUUUCCUUGAUGUGUCUCUACCCUUGUGUGGUCACCGUUCUCCUUGGAGAGCAAAGUCGCCUGCUUCAAAACAUUACGGUGGAUAAUAUGAGCAAAUGACUGAACUGAUCACAAGAAGACUGUGAAAAAGAGACACUGACUCUGUUGGGGAAAAACAAAUGACAAAAAAAAGGAAACCAACAAAUGCAUGGCGAAUGUUCUGCAUUAUCUUAAUUUAAAUAUGCAAAAGACGAAGCUGUACACGCUACAUCUGCAGAGGCUGUUGUACCUGCGUUGAUAGUGUCACACCUGGAAGCCUUUUCUUUCCUAUCUUUUCAGAAUGUUGUAUUUUGUUUGUUAUAUAGCUAUAUGCAUAUAUUAUAUAUGUAUGUGUGUUUUGUAAUCCUGUUUAGACGAUCUAGCAAAAGCCCUGGGUAACGCUGUAUUUUAAAGUGCAUAGGUUAGCCAGUAAUACAUGCCCAAAUAUCUGUUUAAGUGACUUGUAAGUCACGUGUUAAGCAAAUGCAAUCAUUUGCAAAGUUGCAUAAAGUAAAAGUAGAAGUACUUUUACAGAUGUACUUAAAACACUAGUAGUAUGCAAUUACAUUGUUUCAACUUUGUAAUAUUAUACUUCUAGUGUUGUAAUUACAUCUUCAAGGGUCCUUUUACUUUAUACAAAUGUGUGCAUUCACAAAUGUCUUGUUCACACCCAAUUGGGCUUUAUAAGGCCUCUAUUAUUGAUAUACUCUUACUAAUUAGGACCUAGUAGACCCUUUACACAUCUUGUAAGUCACCUCUACAGAUGGUCAUUAAGCAUGUUUUACUGGCUAACACCUGUAGCCUAUUUUUUAAGAGUUGCCAAGCCCUCAGCUGGAAAUGAGCAAAAGAGAGAGAGAGUAGUGUAUCUCUCUUUAUGCAUGACGUAAGGAGCAGGAGAGAUGGUUUUAUUUGCUCAUCCAGAGUUGAGUAGUAAUCUCUUUGGAUAACAUGCCCUGGGUGAAUGACAAUCUACAAGAGCCAUUGUCAGCUUGUUGUGUGUGGCUGUGGUCUAUGGAUUGCCCGAGGGGUUGGGGCCUGAAGGGUUUGGGAUCGGGCGGCUAUGUGCUGUGUUGGACUGUACGCUACAGUACAGACAGCCACAAGUGCAGUGGCCUCCACAGAACAAACAUGCUGCUCUCCUCUCCUCUCCUCUGUCUGCAUGAGUCACAGAGCCCUGAGCACCCGAAUGCUAUAACAUUUGUGUGUGUGUGAGUUAUAUGUGUGUGAGAGAGAGAGAGGAAGAAGGGGGAGGGUGAGCAAGUCCAGGACAAGUGCCGCUCAGUUGACUUGAUGGAAUGUUCUGGAUGGAGAAAUCGUCUGUGGAAUGUUUAGGAAGGAGCGAUUGUUGCCUCUUCUCAGCGGGUAGCAUCUGAUUGGCCAGGCAGACAUUUGAUGAACGGCUGCCGGCUUCCAAUAGCCACCCUGCUUGUCCCAGAGACUCGUCCUGGAAUACCCUCCCUUGAAGCCGCUUGCUCCCCAACUAUUACUCCCUCAGUGUCGCUACACUCAGGAGAGCUCCUGUCCUCUCCUCUCCUCUCCUUUCCUGUCGGCUCAUCCACUUUGUCUUCCUCCUCCUCCUCCUCUUCCUCCUCCUAACCUGCACAUUUGAGCUGCAGAAGACAAGACAUUGGACUUGGAGCCAAAGACAGGAGAGCUCCUCUCCUUUCCUGUUGGCUUCCUCCUCCUCCUCCUCCUCCUCCUCCUCCUCCUUCUCCUCUUCCUUGUCCUCCUUCUCCUCCUCCUAACCUCCACAUUUGAGCUGCAGAAGAGAAGACAUUGGACUUGGAGCCAAAGACUUAACUCUGACUUGCAUGCGAAUGUGCACCCCCAGGGCUCAGCGCUCGACCCGGCCAGUCAUAAUGUGUCUACCAUGCAAAGCAGAUAAUGAUCUGAUGCCUUCUUCUCAUCAUCAUGACCUGUGAUUAUUAUAUAUCAGAACCGCUUGGACUUGUAGAACCUAGUGUGGCCACUAGAGGACACCAAAGUAUAUUGUAUGUAUCAAACACAAGUGCUAUUGGACACAUUUUGAGCCCAAUUUGAAAAGAAAAACUGUUUUAUUAUGUGAUGACAAUUAUCCAUACUUUUGUCUUUGCGAGGCGAUUUCAAAGAGUACAGACCAUGGCAUAUUUUCUAUGUGAGGUGCUUGCUUAGAACGGCUUCAGUGGCAGACCAUUUCACAGAUCCAGUGUAUGUAUGCCUACUUACAGUGAGAGGGCCCAGCCCUUUAACAGAAAGCUAAGGGGUGUACUACAGAUAUGGGAUCUUAGGGCUAACAGCUAUCAUUUUACUGUUGGAAUUGUGUAAAAUAUGGCCCUACUCAUUCUGUCCUUUGUCAUUAUGGUAUUGCUUCUACAACUGUAAACUAAUGUCACCUUAAAAUGUUUUAAGUUUAUUUGCUUAGAUUAUUGACUGUAAGGGAUGAAGGAAAGUCUUAAAGGGUGGAACUGAGAACAGCUGAGCAAAGUUUGCUGAGUAAACAGCAGCAGAGGCGGAUGAGAAAGACAUGAGAUCAUGUUUGUCCCAAUUCUUAAGGUUUUAUUCCGGAAUGUAAAACAAUUCCUGCUUCAAAAGAACAAAAAAAAUGUAAUCAUAUUAAUUCAGAGAAAUAAGACAGGAAAGUACAACAUGUGGAGGAGAAAAUGUACAUAAAUACCUUUCAAAUAAAUAACAUCUUUUUUCACCUUUUUGCUGUUAAUUAAAAAGCCUUCCGCUCCAUAGAAUGAAAAGUUCUCAUCAGUUUUUGUCUAUUUUACAGAGGAAAAAAAGAAAAAGAAAAGCAUGCUAAAAUUCCAUUGUUCCUAAAAAUAGCUUAUUCACAGUAAAGCAAUUUUUAAACACAGUAUAGAUAUAAAAUAUUGCAAAAAGGUUCUGAAAUUUAAGAUCCAAACUGAAACCAAUCUUAUACAUAAACAGUAUAAACUCAUAGUACAAACAAGGCCAGCAACAUAUGUUCAAAGCAAAGAGGCUUCUAUUCGCAACCCAAACCCCAGACACAACAUCCUCUGAAGUCUACAGAGAGAAUUUAAGUAUUGCAAAGCUUUUCAGAAGCCUCACAGAACAUCCCUGCACCCACCCACCCAUCUCCAACGCAUACGUACACACAAUUCACUCGUGCAAUCUACUGUAUUAACACAGACCAGUCUAGUUUGAUUAAGGAAAAGCGAUGUGUUCAAAAGCAAUUCCCCUGAUCAUCUGAACAUCUCAUGGAGUAACCUGUUUGAACUACCUGUGAGAGUGGAAAGAUAGUUGAGUAUCGUUCAGAGGCCACUUGUUCAUACUUGUAAGAAAAAAAGCCCUGGGGUUAGGACAGUACCUUGUGUGUACAAUCAAUCAACUAGCCUUGCCUUGCAGGCCACAUGCAAAUCAUCACAGGCACAUUCGCAACUACAGUACUUAGGCUCUUCUCCCCCAACAGUAGUACCAAUCUUCUCCAUGUACAGUAGGACCACAGUCCCCCACUCUACUGCCCUACAAAGACAAAGUGCAGUACCUAUGCCAACAUUGAAACGAGAGAGAGACCUUCAAAGUAUUGGUAUUACAUGUACCUCUAGGUUGGAUAUUGUAGUUACUGCAAAUUUGACAUCACAAUAUCUGUGAAACAGAACACAUUUGGACCAUAAGGCUUUGUCACAACAAGAAACAGGAGGUGUUAUGAAAACCGUUUUCAGUCUACACUCAAUUUUGACAAAAUAUGUAGUUACUGCACUUUGCCUUUGUUGGGCACUCUACUCCGCUUGCCUACAGCCCAUAAUACCUUCCAUCCCCCCUGGCAACAUGCGCCUGCAUGCUAUACCAACAAGGUGGUGAAGUCACAAGAUUAAUUUAGAGCUAGUGGUAAGCAGGUUAUAGAACCCUGGCAGUCUUUCUUAUCUGUUAACUAAAUAGAAAAGUAUCUACUUCUGCCAGGUGCAUGAAUAUCUCUGGGUAGUUAAAGUAAUCUUAUUUGCCACCUCAUUUCUAUUCUUACAGUUAAUUGUUUUUAUCUGUGUAAAUAUAUGGCUAACUGCCAUGGACUCCACUCAAAGUUUCCUGGUUUAAGACCACUAUUAGCAACUUUAAGGUGUCGAAUCAGGCAAGCGUCAGACAGAGAUCGGACAGUCUGAACAACCGAUCGGUGAGGGCAAAAAGAGAUCCACCACCACCGCAUAUUGUAGGCAAAUGUGCUUAUAUCGAGAUGCCUGAUUGGUUAAAGCACAUCAAUAGAGGCCUGGUGCUGGACGGCACACUGACCAAUCCAUGGACUGCACAAGCAAGUACAGUAAGGGGACAGACCUGUCUGUUCUAGAACAUUUGCUAACCAGCAUCCAUAGAAUGGCCAUCUUCAGACGCUGCCGUAUAGGUCUGCCUAUGCAUGUUGAACAUACCUAUGGAAAGCACAGCCUGAGGGGAGUAUUCCAAGAACCUGGCUAAGGAGUAAAUCAGGUUAAAUUAACCUUGAGGUACUGGUAAAUCAUCUAAUAGAAGAGCCUGGAUUCUUCAUUUUCUUAGCUAAAUGACACAUGUGGGCUAUCUAUCAGGAGGUUUACCACUUCCUGUAGGUUGACUUAGCCAGGUUCAUCCCUUAGCCUUGUUCUUGGAAUUAGUACCCUGGAUGUGUACUCGUAUGGAUACAAGACCAGCCCAUGUCCACGCUAUUUGUAUAUUUUUUUGUGUGGGGGUAGUGGGCCUUACAUCACUCACAUCUACGCUUCUCCUCCAUCUCUACUGAUUGCUCCCAUCUUCCCUCAGUAGCCGCACAGGCUUGCUGCGCUUAUUAAAAAAGGUACAGGGCAGUGGCUUGGCAUGGCUUAGGGAGAUUCAGCCCUACAUUAGAUUAGGCUGGAAACAUACACGCGCGCGCACACACACAAACACACAAGCAAACAAACGUCUACUGGAAAUUGUGGCACACAGUUAUCAUGGCUUAUAUUAUCAUGGGGCAAACGGGCAAGGGUGUAUAGAUACAAUCUCAAGAGUAAGAAGAAUAUAGCUUCUAAAAAAACCAAAAAAACCAAAAAAAAAACAGAUCUAACACAGUAGCUCUUCAAACGCUUGAACACAAAGAAAACAAAGAGGAAGGGCUGUAAAGUGUCGCACUGUUUUACAGUAGAAAGAGGUCACGAGAGGAACAGGGGAUCUCCUCAGAACACUACCUUUUUAAGACGCGGAGAAGAAAGUGACAGGGGGCCAAAGCUGUGCGGUCAACCGGGGUAGUAUAGACAACAUGGUAGAGAGGGGAUGAAGGAGGAGGAAAGACCGUGUUGUGGGUACCGGCCAGUCUACCACCAGGCUCUGGCACGGUCUAAUAAGUCACAGUCCUGCACUGGUGGUGAGCCUUCAUAUUUGGGCAAGAUUAACUCCUGCUAAGCCUCAGGGAAAGGGGGUGGUGGUGGUGGCUGAGCCCCUGGCAAAAACAAAACACCUUUCCUCCUUAAAAGGGUCAUGAGACUGAGAAGGCGUAUCGGGCAGGAGGGCUGUUGGUUGUGGGGUGUGAGGGGGUGGUAACCCAGACGGAAACCUCACCAAUUGCCAUUUAAUGGUAUUGUAGGUGUUAUUGCCUGUUUUUAUUUUUCCUCAAUGACAAGACAACAGGGUCACUUUAUAAGUUUUGUGUGAUCACAAUCUAAGCCAUCACCUUUUACUCCAUACUGUCUGACACUGACUGAUGCAUGUACGCACACAGACAAACACACACACACACACACACACACACACACACACACACACACACACACACACACACACACACUGUACAUCAAAGCACAUUCGUCUGCUUUGACAGGACCGAAACAGUAAGUCAUCACGUCACAUAAACACUAUUAUUUAUAUUUAUUGUUAAUCAUCAGUAUUGAACAUUAUUAUUGUUGUUAGAUUGCAGUGUCGGCAGCUGUAAAGCUUUUAAAAAUCUCGCGCAUACCACUCAGUCAGCCACAGUCAGUCGCUCUGUCCUCAGUAACAGCAUGUUCCUCGGCAACACGCAGCCAAGGACACAGGCUUCGGUUGU